UAGUUUUGCACAGCAGCAGGCCAGGAACAACAGAUGAAGCACUUUCUGUUCAAUUUUCCAAAUUUUCCCUCCCGCCACAACAAACGGUAGCUUCGUAGCUUACAUCGACCACAUAUUCAACACGGCCGUUUGGUAAACUUGCUAUCCUGUCAAAUCAUGCCUGGUCAAAAUGCAUCAUCAACUGCGUAACGUAAUCAACAUCGGGCGCCUCGAUUUAUUAAUGUUGCUUCUCUUUUCCAACACUGUUGCGUCAAGCUUCGCGCGUACGGUUUAUCAGCAAGGGGCAAACUCACGAAACCGCGUUUUGACCACGGGCCAUGCUAUACCAAACAGCACACGAAGUGUAAAUUUUAAUUUCAUUUUUUCCUUCAACUGUCGGUUUCGACCACAAUAAACAAAUAUAACAGCGAUGAACAACUGUUGUGUAAUAGGCGGGUGCAACGAAUCGACGCAGCCAGUAUGGCCGUCAAGUCGCCGCCGCACCGAUUCGCUGAUGGAAGAUUGCGGCGAAACACGACGCCCCGUGUUGUUUCGUGAAUUGCAAAACAACUGAUGUUGUUUUUUACCUGCGGAGGUCUUGGAGAAAAGCUUUUUACUGUUUUAGUAGAUUUUCUUUUUUUUACAAUUUGAACAUUUCUUGCACCAAUGAAGCCAAAUUCUUUUCUAAUCGAACGUCAGAAAUUAUUUGAUUGAAGCUCUCCUCCACACCCCCAUUACCUGCAGGCAACGCAACACAAGCGAGCGUUAAACGAAUGCUGAAUGCUAAACAUACCAAAACUGAUCCGCCCCAAUCUUCAUUGAUCCAAAUAACUUUUAUAAAAUGCAAACAGCUCUUCAAUUUCUAUUUGCUCGCUCUCGCUGUGAAAGCCAAAAACUUCCCUUUCCUAUCCGUUGUACGGAGGAGGGUGGAAAGAUUCCGAGCUCGAAAAUCUGCCCCCACGGGUUUUCCCCGAAUCGACACGAUGACUUCUGUCAGAGGAAGAGCUUCAUCAAAGUAUGAUGAAUACGAGAAAGCAAAAGCUGCUUUGCGCUCUAUUUUCCUACCAGAGAUAAAUACCUGACAUCCUACGCUGGGUUACUCUGGCAGCUGCAGGCUCGUAGCCACGUAGCCAGCGACUUCCUCGCCCGUUCCGGGUUGAUUGACGGUGUGAAAAAUGUUUUAUUCAUAUUUUUAAUCAAGUGCAUUUUUCUUAUCAUUAUUUUCAUUCAAAUGACUUUGAAAUUUCUACGUUCCCUAAAUACUAUCCUAAUCUCGCGCGUUUUGCGAUUGUUGUGUGCGAUAUGCUGAUGGCUCACUCUGGCUACGGACCUGUGACUGUGACUGUGUGACAAACAGAGGAACGAGGAAACCUAAGAAGCUACUGGGAGAACUGGAAAGAAAAACAUAAUCAACGAAAACACGAUGAAACUCGAUUCUCCGGUGUGGUUAUUUGCCAAGAAAUACAUUAUUUGGCCAAGAAAUACAUCAUGUGGCAAACGUGGUGCGCCUUUCGUGACUACCGGGACUGUAAACGGGCAUAUCUACUUCAAGGAGUGUUCACAGAAACAUCCGCUUCCUCUGUCGAAGCAACACGCCAGUCGAUCAUCUGGGCGGAUCUACCUUCGUGCCAAUAUUCGAAGGAUAUAUUGGAGUGGUACGAUGCCAACGGAGUCACUUUCGUAUCCAAGGACAUGGACGCCUCCAAUGCACCGGAACUAAAGCCCAUCGAAAAAUACUAGGCUAUUAUGAAGCGGGCACUACGGAAACAUCCCAAGGAGCCUCUUGUUGGUGAUAACAAGCCAUCUUAUUGGAACUAUUAUCGAACGACCGAACGAAUCGAGCAAGUAGGUCUUAUGAAACAGGAUGAAGGAAAUGGAUCCGUUGGUAGACAGAUGCAGUAGUAAGCUGGGAGCACAUUAUCGCAGCUCUUGCCAGGAUUGUAGCGCUGGAGGACGGUGUCACAGCAGUAGCAGCAACAACCACGGCAGACAUCGGUGGCAUCUCGAUGCCGCUCGGCAGUGGAGUUUGUUGCUGCUGAUAGUCGGACUCCUGUUUGCACAGGUCAUCUCUAGUAGUAGUACUCCCUUAGAUGAUAGUAGUAGUAGUGAAACCAUAGCAUUAACAGCCUGUCAGCAUCUGCGGCGAGCGGAAUCACGUCGCGCUAAGUCACUAGGCGACAACUUACUCCACUCGGUGCGAAUACCACGCUGCACGGCGCUCGGAGACUUCGAACCGGUGCAAUGUUCGAACGAACUGAACGGAACUGAAUGCUGGUGCGUGGACGAAUACGGCGUCGAGUUAGCUGGCAGCCGAAAGCCGAGUGCUGAUGACGUGAACUGUACCGUAAUCGAAACCAAAUGUCAGGCUUCCAGCUGUCGAAUGUUCUGUCCGGCUGGUUUUGCCCGAGAUCACAGCAGCGGGUGUCCAGUCUGCAAAUGCCGUGAUCCGUGCGACGGUGUACAGUGCCCCCGUGGGCAGCAAUGCGAACCACAGGAAGUUAACUGCAAGAAUGAACCUUGUCCGCCAGUUCCAACUUGUCGCACGGCGCGUUCUUUAUCAGACCUUUGUCCAGCAGGACAACCACUCGCUAUCAGCGGUACUGCGCGACCCUUCUUGUGCGGCAUCGAUCCUGGAAAACCGAGCUGUCCCCCUUUGUAUCGCUGCCUAGUACAAUCGGGUAACGAUUAUGGAGUUUGCUGUCCCGCGUCACUCCAGUUUGAAAAACCAGGCUCUUGCCCAAAACCAGACGAAAUCAUUUCUACUGAUAAUACCGGAUACCUCUGCGGAACACCUUGCGGCCAUGAUCUCGAAUGUCCACAAAUGCAGAAAUGUUGCACCUCAAAUGGUUGCGGUCGAAACUGUCAACAGCCACACAAUGUUACCGUUUGCCACCAGGCUCGUAUGCUGUCAGAACUUCUUUCCGUGAACGAACGCGAAGGACGGGGAUAUGUUCCGCAGUGUGAUGGACCGGGAGGAAGUUUCUCGACUCGACAAUGUUCGCGCAAUGGACUGGUAUGUUGGUGUGUUGAUCCCAAGACAGGCAACAAAAUCAGAGGAACUAUGGGAGCUGCCCAAAUGGUUAAUUGCGAGGGCGUGGAGAAUAUGAUCGGACGCAGUGGAGGACGCAGCGUGGAUGGUUCGCAAGGUCUCUGUGAUCAUAACAUUUGCGCCGCGGUCUGUGAGUACGGUUUCAAAAAUGACCAUAAUGGAUGCCCAACCUGCGAAUGCUCGGAGCCUUGUGAAGGUUUUAUCUGUCCAUCUGGAUCGCAUUGUGAGGUUGCUAAAGAUCCGAAAUGUGCCGCAUUCUCGGCUCUGUGCUCUUCAGAGCCGGUCUGCAAACCGGAUCUGGUUUACUCUAAUCCCUGCGAGACGGGCACUCCUUUAUCUGAUAACAUUACCGGAGAAUUACUAUAUUGUCAUAUGAACCGCCCUAAAAAUCGAGAAUUCCAAAGUCGAACUUUCUUCGACGACGAAGAAGAUGAUACCGUUGGCCGUAAACGCUCGCUAUCCAAUACGAUCAAUUGCCCCGAGACGCACGAAUGCAUGAAACUGCACGGAGAAGCGGGCAGCGUUUGCUGUCCGGUCGAGAACGACACCGUUCCGGUUGCAGAAGCCCGUCAGCAAUCAAUGUGCGAAUACUUGCGAGACUUCUCGGAUCGCAUGGAGGGAACGGUCGAAGGGAUGGAGUUGGCUUUACCUCCACCUACCUGCAGCAUGGACGGAGGCUACGAAGCAGUACAGUGCAUUCGUCGCAAAGUGCGGGUUAGCCGUAACGACCAGCGACGCUAUUUAGAACAAAAUAAUAUACGACAGAUGAGGAAACUGCUAGAGGAAGCCAAGCGUGCUAGGCGAGAGGCGGUUUCCGGUAACGAUUCAUCAGGCCCAAAUCUAAAAUUGGUAAAAAUUGACGAUAGUAAUGAAGGUUCCCAAAUGCAAAAUCAGAAAAUAGAUAUCUUACCAAUUGCAUCCAAUCGCCAAAGAGAACAACCUUCAUCUGAAGCUUUCGAAGAGUAUGACGUGCAUGGUAGGUCGGCUAAAAUCAUAGAUUUUAAUCGACUUGAUUCUAAGAAUUCCAACAAGAAUUUGGAUAAACCAAUUAUCAAACCAUCUUUGUUGCUGAAGAAGAACAUUCCUCAGGAAGACCAGAUGAUAGAAAUCGACAUUGAAGAAUGCUGGUGUGUAGACAAUUUCGGCACUGAAAUUCCUAAAAGUCGCGGAAUGAACGCCACAAAAAAAUCAUGUGAAAAUCUUCGUGAAUCUCUCGGUUGCCUGGACUUGACCUGUCGUAUGGGAUGCGAUUAUGGUUUUGUGCUUGAUUCGGCGACGCAGUGUCCUUCCUGUGAGUGCCGAGAUCCAUGUGAUAGUGUAAACUGUCCUGAGGGUCAAGAAUGUCGAUCGGUUGAAGUUUCCUGCGAAGGGGAAUAUUGUCCUCCCGUUCCAGCGUGCUUCCCUAAAAAACCCGGACAAUGUCCAUUUUUAGUUCCACCUGGCAGUGAAAACGCUGAAUCCGAUUCUUGUGAGUAUGAGUGCAGAACAGAUGCACAUUGCGAAGGAUCUAAACGCUGUUGUUCCAAUGGAUGUGGAACACAGUGUGUUGAACCACAGCUUAAGACCGCCUGCCAGCAUUUGCAAACCAUACAACUGCAUCAGGCUAGCGAAUUAGGAGUUCCACCAAAGCAAAAGUACAUUGCACAAUGCGAUGUAGACGGCAGUUUCCGAACAAUUCAGUGUGGUCCGGGCAAUACCUGUUGGUGUGUAGACGAAUACGGCAAUGAGAAGAGUGGAACUCGAUCUAGUGAUGGUCAACCCAAUUGUGAAAUUUAUCCCAAAAGUGAAUGUCCAAUGAAAAAAUGUUCAUUCUGUGAAUAUGGCUAUAAAAUUGACGCAAACGGAUGCAAGACAUGUGAAUGUCGAAACCCUUGUGACGAAAUUUCCUGCCCAAGAGGUGAAGAAUGUAUGCUUAUUCAAGUAGAAUGCAUUUCCGUUCCAUGCUUCAAGAUGCCAAUUUGCGUACCGACUCGCGAUUCCAUUUGCCCGGAAGGACUUCCACUUAAGUCCAGUGGGCGUGAAAUUAUAUGUGGUCCACAAGUAGAUGGCGAUGCUUGCCCUUCCACGCAUAUAUGUCAGCUCAACCCGAUCAGCAACCGCGGGUCUUGUUGCGCCAAGACAAGAGAUGUUUGCUUCGAAUCGAUCGAAUCGAGCUGCCUGGCUUCGGAAAUGCAUUUGUCCGACGGCAAUGAUCUGGAAAGUAUCACCAAAUGGCGAUUCAGUCCACGGCUGAACAAAUGCGUCCCCGUCAAUCUUCCACGGUCCAGCGUGUGUCAAUCAAAGAAUCUAUUCCACAGCGAGCAAGCUUGCAACGGAGUUUGUCCCGUACUCUCCCAGUGCGAACGCCUGCGAUUGAAAAAUGCAAUGGCUGCUAAGCGCGCUGGACAACCGAGUACUUGGUUCCAGCCACGCUGCGAUCCGGAGACUGGAUUCUGGAGCCCAGUACAAUGUCUUGGUUCAACAGGUCCCAACAAUGCAACAACCACGCCGGAAACUCCUAGUUUGGGAGUUUGCUGGUGUGCGGAUAAGAAAGGUGCUCCAGUUAAAGGGUCACUAACCAAAGGAAGUGAACCAUUAUGCAGCAGCCGCCAGGCGAGAAGGCGAUUGUCUACCAGUGGCGAAGAAUCCAGCGAUCCAGUAAUGGAGGAAUUGAUUCGACAGAUCACCUUCUUGGUAGAUGAAAACAACUAUAUAGAUGAGGAUCUAGAACCAACUGUCCCGUCGGCAAGCGCAGCCAACACGGUUCCAAACUUCGCACCUGAGCCACGCUAUAUUGGAUCGGUAUCAGCCGUGACUGAGAAGAUUAUCGAAAUGGCCAGAACAGACGAUGGCAGCAAUUAUGUCGAAGACACGGGUAAAAAGCUCAUACCUUCAACAACAAGAUGUCAAGCUCUAAAGCUGGCGGCAUCCUUUCCCGUUGCUUGCGAUGAAAACGGAGCAUUUGAAUCCACUCAAUGCAAUGGAGAUACUUGCUGGUGCGUUGACGCAGCAGGCAACCAACUUCCACUGUCCAGCACCUUCAAACGUGGCCUUCGAAAUUGUCUUUUCACUCCAAUAGAUGCAGUCGAAAUUGAGCUUCAUCUAAAUAACCCUCAUCAAAGGCUUUUGCUUAAUCUAUACGAAGUUCUGCGUAAUGAUUUGCUUUCGGUGAUUGGCAGCAUCUUUGACAAUUAUCGGGUGCAUGAGAACAGUGACGGAACCGUAACGUUACGCUUUGACCUAAUUGAAGAUAACAAGGUAGACGAUGCCUUUGCCAUCGAAGAAAUGGUUCGGGAUCAUGUGUUCGUAAUGUAUCAUGGUGCUCUGAUUGCGGAUAUAACGCAGUCUCGAUUUUCACACAAAAUCUCCAACAACCUUCCGGUACCGCAACAGUCGUCCGGUAUCCCGGAGAACACCUUUCAAACAAUCGUGUUCGUCCUGGCCACGGCUUCCGCAUUUCUUAUCAGCAUACUGGUCGUAUUCGUGAUGCUGAAACGUGGCAAAAACAAGAUGAAACACUAUAGCAACGGUAACCGAAUGAUGAGCAUCGGAGCGGACAAGUACCUCGAUUAUAGUUCACCCAUUUUUGUGCUGAGUGCCAACGAUACCAAAUCGCUUCCGGAUCAUAACCAUCGACCAGCGGCUGCGACCGCUUCUGCCAAAGGAAAUGAAUCGAACUGAAACUAAAAGUGCUGUAUCCUGCAUGCGAAAGGAUCGUGUUGAAUCGUUUAAUGUUGAAUUCAUUCUUAAUUAUGCGUGCCGCUUGUUUUGCAAUAAAACAUUGGUAAUAAUCUAGGGAACAUUGAUUCCCGAAUCCACGAGGAUAGAUCCUUUCCGCAUUAAAUGAAAAACCUACUUGUUUUUUGUAUUGCAAAAAAAAUAAGAAGAAAAAUCAUUGAACACGUGGGCCAAAACACCUUUUCACUAGUUUGUGUACAUAAAUAACCACUUUUCAACAACCGAACAUCUAUUAGAAUAAAAAUCGGUGCACAUUCCAACUUUCUCCUAUAGUUUACUCUAUUUUCUCUAUAUGUAUAUCUGAAAUAUUUACCAUUAGAGCCUAAUCUUAAACAUACCGUUAUCGCGUAUAACUUCAAAAGUACAUUUUACCGGGUUUGUAUUGUGACUUUCUACAGUAUCAGUAAGGGGAGAGGUUUCUAUAGCUAUCUACAGUUUUGUUUUAGUAGUUUCUUGCACACGACAGUUUUUCAAUAAUCACAGAAUACGAGCGUCCUCGUUUUUACUUGUAUAUUGUCAAGAAAACCGUCGGACUUGCGAGAUCAAAUGCAAAGAAUGUUAUGUAAAUAAACGCGGUCAACUAAACGAAACGUACGAAAAAUAAUUUUCAACCGCACAUCGAUGAUGCUUAGCGAUUGGUUGGAGUCUUACGCAAAGAUUAUAGAGGAAUCGAGUGUAAACUCAGUUUGGAAAUCGAACUAAAAUGUGCAGUGUGCUGUUAGGUUAUUCAGAUGCUCUUUUAUUUAUUUAUAUUAUCUUCCAUUGGCUUCUAUUUGUAAGAAUCGUGUUUUCGAGACAAAACAAAAAUGGAUAUUCCUCUGUAUUUUGUAUAUAAUAUGGCUGAUCUAUAACUGUCAGAACCAAUUUUGUCCCAUUUCAAUAAAAUUGAAUAAAAUAG